AUGUUGCGCGUGCCCGGUUUUUCGGAAGACGCGGGAUUUCACCGCGAGUCCCAAGACGGUAAAGAUGUUCAUGUCAAGAAGGAGCACAAGACCGAAGAGUCACUGGAAGACCGAUCGCCAGUGACUCAAGAAGAAAAAAACAAAAGAUUGAAGGGCCGACCGGACCUUGGGAAGGGCCCGGUCAACAUGGUCGAGGUUAAAUUCAUCGAAGAUGAACCUAAAUACCCUCCCUAUGUCCUCGUAGAGGAUACCUUGGGUCAUGACGCCUAUCAUGAUCCAGAGGACCAUCAGCCGACGGUGAAAACCGAGAGGCUAAGCGCGUUGCUUCAUUGCAGCGCACUGCUACCUUCGCAGCGUAAGUCGGCGGUAGUUCUUCUCCACAAGAAAGAGUCGCGGGCUGAACCUGGUAACUAUAGACCUAUUGCUCUCGUGCAGGUCGACGUGAAAGUCCUGUCGAAGGCACUGACCUACCGACUGCAACACGUUAUCCCCGACUUGGUCCAUCCGGACCAGAAAGGGUUUGUCAAAGGCAGGUCCAUCCACCACCACAUACGCUUUCUAGCUGACUUGCAAGACCUUGUGACAAGCCAGGAAGAAGAAGCGUAUGCGCUGUUUCUAGAUUUCGAGAAGGCUUUUGAUCGCGUCAACUGGGACUAUAUGUUCCGCCUGCUCGAGAAAAUGGGUUUCGAUAAGCAGUUUACGCAAUGGAUCCGGCUUCUCUACACGAAUCCUCAAGCUCGUCUCGUCAUAAACCAGAACAUUCAACCCGCGCUGUGUCCGACUCGUGGAGUAAAACAGGGAGAUCCGCUGUCAGCUCUUCUAUUCAUCUUUACCAUUGAACCUCUUGGCAAUAUGCUGCGGUCCCACGAGGAAUAUGGCGUGUGUAUAAACGCAGACCACACCGCCACGAGCACGUUCUUUGCCGACGACUCGACGCUUCUAAGUAACUCGAUUGCGCACCUGCAAGCCCAGCUUGUCGUUGUGGCGAAGUACUGCGACGGUUCAGGUGCCAAGCUCAACCUAUCCAAGUCUAAGCUGCUAGCGCUGAACAGGAACCACGACUGUCCUUUACUCCCUGGUGUUUACGUAUUGGGCCGUGUGGAGACGGUGAAAUACCUAGGUAUUCCGUUCGGGCAGUCAUCGGUUGAUCACGCUCUCGUGGAUUCGCUCGAGAAACGCUUCUACGAUGGCUUUAAACUGUGGCAUCGACGGGCACGGACGCUUCGUGGUCGCCUAUUAGUCGCUCAAACCAUGAUACUCUCUCGUCUGUGGCAUUACACUCAGCACGUCUCCAUUCCGGGGACUAUUGUGAAGCGGUGGCAGUCCAUGCUGAACAAGUUUGUGCUCUGUCGAAAGCACGAUCGUCAUGAGUCGCACGUUCAGUUGAUCCCAACCGAUUUCCUGUACCAGCGCCGUGGCGAUGGUGGGCUGGGUGUACCAAGCCUGGCAGCCCAUCUCAAGCGCCAGCGUCUCCAAUUCCUUCUUCAGUUUAUCAGCGCCGCGACAACGACACAUAUUCGGAACUGGACGACAGCGAGUUCCGAACUGCUGAAGCUACUUCUUCCUUGCAAGUGCCUUGGACUUCCUCUCCAUCUCUCCGUUGCGCCAUGGGAAACUAAUCCGAUGGUGGCUGGCUUCUGCAUGGUGGAAAGCGACGUGGACAUCAUGGUACAAGAUCCGGUGGACAUUCACAUGGCAUGA